AUGGUCAACCCAAGCAAAGUUAUCUCUUCUCUCCUCGCAUUUGGUCUUAUUGACCGAUGUCGUGGAGAAUAUGACCAAGGAACUCAAACAGUGACCUAUUUCCCUAUUGUUGAAGACUGGGCAGGCGAAGGUUCCAGUCUGACGGUGACUGUUGACUCCAUUAACGCCAACUAUAAGCGAGAUAGCCAUGCACACGGCAACUGUGAUCAGCUCGGCAGCCUCUACCAUCGUCGCGGCCACCUCAACCCCAAAAUCUACGACUUUAUUGCCGGCGUGAUUGAGAGCAAGUCUGACGUGAACUCUUGCUGUCUGAACUUUGGAGCCGACACCGAGGGUACCUACUUCGGGGGUUACGCCUACAAAGCUACGACAAGCGGCUCAAACUGUCAUGCUCAGACCGGGCAGAAGACUAUUCUGGUGGCCGUGAAGAAGUGUGCUUAUCGCCUACAUGAACACGGUGCAACUCGUGGUUGCUGCGCUUUCACGCUUGGUGGUACUUGGACGGGACAUUUGCGUCUCAGUGCCGAGCCCACCGAAUAUCCGGCGACUUCGGUGACUUGUUAA